AUGAACACCAUGGAAUUGGGCAUUAGAGAACUCAUCUACUACUUGGGAAACUUCCACAUCUCAAUACCACCAAAAUCCGCCCUUACUACGGAGAACACCAACACCACGGACAUCGACCGACUCACUAGCCUUCUCAAAAACUUCCACAUCUUAACCUCCUCAAAGGGCACACAAGAGUCCAGAAUGAACCUCGCGGACAUUCAAAAUCUCAUCGACCUCUUCAGAAAGUCAUUAAUUUCAAAGCCCUCAAAGUUCAUUCCAGCUACAAUCAACAUCACGGAAGUUCAAAAUCCCAAGUACUUCACCGAGAUCGAAAUCGCCUCGAUCGCAACUGUCUCAACUGGCGCCCAGGGCUCACUCCCAACAACCUCAGACGUCACUUCCGCAUCCAGUGUCUCGUCGCCGUCGUCAUCAAAGCUCAUCAGAUUUAUCGACUUCAACGACCGCAGCCCCGAAGCCCGCGACGCCAGACUUGCCAACUUGCUACUCUCGCUGGACGAAGAUAUCCCAGAGGAGGUCGAUGACACCAUCAAAACACUCAUCAAAAAUCAAACCACCACAACAAUGAAGUUCGGUGAUCACUACCUCGAGUACAAACAACAAAUGGCCACCAAACGCCUCACUGAGAAGAAGCUUCCAACCUCAGCCGCGAGAUCUAGCCAUCAAAAUCACCAUCACCACGCAAUCACACAAAUGCCUUGUGAGUCUUCCAAAUUACGUGGGAUUAUGGGCAAGCCCUCAGACUCGGCACACCGCCAGUAUGGAAAGCCGAAGAAUCGCACAGCCUGGAAAAAUUUCACCAAAGAAGAGUAUCAGUACCACAAUCACACAUCACCAAUGACCGGAAUCAUCUAAUCAUCACCACUACCUCAACCGUGGUGCAAACCACUCACCGCUUAAACUCAAAAUUUGACUCAUUAGACUAUGCUAGAACUGAGAUCGAAGAACAGUACAACCAUAUUUCCGACAAAGGCAAGCCCCUUUUUUGACGAACCGUGGAUCAGACGAAAACAAAGUUUGGCUUAAUCUUCUAUCAACAACCUGGAACUCUCAA